GGAACUUGGAAAUCACAUGACUGGUGACUAAGUUUAAUCUUUCCUCCUGACUGUCCAGUCCGAUGAUCUUCCUCGAGUGAAGUGUUGGCAAUAUUAAAUCAUGCUGCCACUUAUCCUCUUUUCUACGCUGCUUUCUCCCCUAGUUACUGAAUCUGAGCAACAGUGGAUCUGCAACUCCUCCGACGCAACUCUUUCCUACAGUUACUGCGAUAACAUGAAAUUCCCUAUUACGAUUACUGUUGAACCAUGUAUAACAUUGAAGGGAACCAGUGGAUUUAUAUAUGUCAAGUUUAUUCCAAGGAGAGACUUAAAAAAAUUAUAUUUCAACCUCUUCAUCAAUGUCAACUCUGUAGAGGUGCCAUUACGCAAAGAAGUUAUUUGCCAUGGAUAUGAUGAUCAUUAUUCUUUUUGCAGAGCUCUGAAAGGAGAGACUGUGAGUACAGCAGUACCAUUUUCCUUCAGGGGAAUAUUAUUUUCUAAGGGCCAAUACAGAUGUGUUGCAGAAGCCAUUGUAGGGGAUAAUGAAGAAAAGCUAUUUUGUUUGAAUUUUACCGUCAUUCACCACCCUAAUGUCAAUUAGAAUAAAUUGUGAAUAUAUAUGUAUUUAUUUUUGAAAAA